AUGUACCUGAUUUACGGCGAAACCAGGCAAGUUUCUACUCGAGGCAUAGUGUCAUUAAACGCAAGGUUGGCUGCAAGAUUGUAUGCGGAACGGUAUCCAGACCGUGUACAUCCGACAUAUGAGGUGAUUAAACGAUUGGAUUCUGCCUACAGGGAGGGUAGAAUACCUGGAACUCGAGGUUCUCAAUCUGGGAGACCGCGAACAAUUGAGGACGACAUCGUGCUACAGGAACGCGAAGAGGAGCCCUCGACUUCGGUUCGUAUGAUACAAAGCCGCACUGGAAUAACGAAAUCAUCGGUUUAUCGUAUUUUAAAAAAAAGGUAUCAGUUUCACCCAUACCACAUACAAAGAGUGCAAACUCUCCUUCAGGGUGAUUAUGUAAAACGAGUGCUGUUUUGCCGACGAAUGCUGGAGCUAAAUAGGCAAGAUCCCGACUUUUUUCAUAAAGUUUUGUGGACUGAUGAGUCUCAGUGCAGAAGGGACGGAUACCUUAACCUGCACAAUAUUCAUAGUUGGCAGUUAGAAAACCCGCAUGAAACUAGAGAAGACCGUUCACAAUACAUGUUUAAAAUCAAUUUAUGGACAGGAAUCUUCAAUGGUUCAAUAUUAGGACCAGUAGAACUACCUCCGGCAUUAAAUGGUGAAAACUAUUUGGCAUUUCUUCAACACCAAUUGCCAACGCUCCUAGAGGAUGUGCCACUACAAACACGGGCAACGAUGUGGUACCAAAACGACGGUUGCCCAGCACAUUACGCUCGAGACGUUCGAGCCUAUCUUGACGAUAGGUUCCCAGGAAGGUGGAUUGGGCGAUUAGGGCCAAUCUUAUGGCCCCCGAGAUCCCCUGACUUAAAUCCUUUGGACUUUUUUAUUGGGGUUGUCUCAAGGAUAAAGUGUACCUAA